UCUAUUUGUAUCCGUUGUACUUCCGGGUUGACUGUCAUGGCAGCGCCCGUUAGAAUGCAGCAGUGAACGAUAGCUGAACCCCUGUCCGUUAAGAGACAGCCCUAGCGUUGGCCAUUUCGCGGAGCAGGGCCCAGUCAUGAAUCUCAAAGACGUGUGGAAGUGGAACACGCGCCUGUCCGCAGUGUACGCUCUCGGUAUCUGGACCAUGGUCGGUUCUUACGCCUACUUCAGGUACACAGGGCGCUUUAAGGACACGCCAGUGAAAGAAGAGGUGCAAGAGCCGGAAGAUCCGAACAAGGUUGUCUACCUGUCUGAUCACUCCAAAACUGUCAUCGUCUACAAGAAAGACUUUGUCCCGUACAGCACACGGAUCUACAAUUACAUCAAAUCCUUCAGCAGUCAACCUGGGCGUGGAGACGGUGACAAAUAGCUGCACCGGUGCAAAGGACGACGGACACUGAACUUGCUAAGCGCAAGUUUUUCUAACGCACUAUGAAUGAAUGCUCCUGUGUGUGGACAUCAUCUUUAUCGGAAGAACUUCCAGCACGCUGUCCAGGUU